GAUUAAUAAAGCAAAAAAAAAUAUUUGUUAUGUAUAGAAAUUAACAGUUUUUUUUAAUAGUUUUUCAGCUGUCACAAACGACGAUUACAGUAAUUUGAAAAAGUUUUGAAAAAUUUUGCUUUCACGCGAAACACAAUGUAAUUUCUGUUCUAAGCACAAUAAACGCAAUCAGUUUUAUUUUGACAGUUAAUGAGUAACGCAUAACGCAAGUGCGUUGCACUUUAACUAAACACGUAGUAUCGUUAGUAGGAAAAAAUAGUAGUUGCAACCAUCAUUUUUACUGAAGGAUCUUCUAACAACAGUUGAGGUUUUAUUUCUUGUGUGGACAUUAUCAGCUGGUUCAUUAAAAAUAUUCGUAAAGGCUGCGUGAAAUUUUUCAAAAAUAUCACUGAAAAUUUAUAUAGAUGUGUAGAAAAAAUUAAAUCAGAUAUUUAUAAAAUACUAAUACUGUUGGUUUUUGUAAAGUGUCCACGUCAUUUGUUAUAAACAGACCGACCAACUGGCAACUUGAAUUUUCACAAAGUGAAUACCCACAAUUAAGUAAAAUGUCGGUAUUAAGUGUACCAGAAGCUGCUCCUUUUACGGCCGUCUUGAAAUUUGCAGCCGAAGAAUUUAAAGUGUCCGCCGCAACGAGCGCCGUUAUAACAGAUGAUGGGAUAGGCAUUAGUCCCCAACAAACUGCAGGAAAUGUAUUUCUAAAACAUGGCUCCGAAUUGCGUUUAAUACCACGCGAUCGAGUGGGUUGUUAAUUAAUUGAUUAAUUUAAUUUUUAUACCAUAAUAAAAACUCUUCAAACUAAUAAAGAUGUAAGAAAAAAAAAUGUGGAAACUUACA